AUGGUAACAAGUGUGCCGGGUAUGGAGGGAUUUCUCCGGAGGCGCGACCUUCCAGGGUUUUGCUGGGUGAGGGAUUUCUCCGGUGGCGCGCCCUUCUGGGAUCAGACAAUAAACAGUAGGUUUGUUAGUGAUGUUCGGAAGCUCGGAUUGGAUAUAAAAGAUAAUUGUGAUCGAAUGAUCAUCGAGAAGAUGGUUAGGGAUAUAAUGGUGGAGAGAAGGGAUGAGUUUUGGCAUAGGGCUAAUCGUAUGGCAAAUUUGGGGGAAAAGGCCAUCAGUGAAGGUGGUUCUUCAUACUGUGGUGAUAAUGUGUGUUGGGGUGUGCUUGGAGGAGAAGGAUUUGAAGAUGGGGUUGUUUCUGGUGACGAACGUGGAGGAGGCGGCCAAAAUCCUUCUUCCGCUAUUGGUGAUGAUGAAGAUGAGGAUGAAGAAUUUAAGUUCCUUUGA